AUGGAUUAACAAAAUUAUACAAUAGUUGGAGUGAUGUCAGGAACAUCACUUGAUGGAAUAGAUCUAGCACUAAUUCGAUUCGAAAACAUAAAUCAACAAUGGCAUUAUAAAAUUUUGAGUGCUCAAACUUACUUAUAUGAAUAGUCUUGGAUUGAUCUCCUUAAAAAUGCUCAUGCCUUAUAAUAAUGUGAAAUAGAAAGUUUUAAUCUAAAUUAUACUCAUCAUUUAGCAUAGCAAAUUAAUAAAUUCACUUCUCAAUUUUAAGAUGUCAAAAUAGAUGCCAUAUGUUCUCAUGGACAUACAAUCAUUCAUAAACCAAAAGAGGGAAUUACAAUACAAAUAGGUAACCUACCAAUAUUGCCUCAACUUGUUAAGACAACAGUUGUAUGCGAUUUCAGAGUUUAAGAUGUUAAAUUAGGAGGAAAUGGAGCACCAUUAGUACCACUUGGAGACAGAAUUCUCUUUCAUGAAUAUCAUUAUCGCAUUAAUUUGGGUGGAUUCUCAAAUAUCUCAUAUGAAAGAGACAAUCUUACUCUUGCCUAUGAUAUUUGUCCAGUAAACACAGUUCUGAAUAGGUUGGCCUUUCCAAAAAACUAUGAUGAAAAUGGGGAUAUCUCAAGAAGUGGAAUUGUCAAUCCAAAUUUAUUAGAUUAAUUAAAUAAUUUAGAAUAUUAUAAACUUGCACCUCCUAAAAGUCUAGGUGUUGAAUGGGUUUACGAUUGUAUUUUACCUUUAAUUGAGUCAUUUGAUCUGUCUUAGUAAGAUAAACUUUGCACAUUUUGUGAACACAUUGCUUAUUAGAUUGGAAAAUCAAUAGGGAAGUAGGAUGAAAAGGUUCUGUUCACAGGAGGGGGUGUAUAAAAUAAAUAUUUAAUGGAAAGAAUUCAUCAUUAUGUCAAAAAUGUUUAAAUCUUAGAUUAAUAAGCAUCUGAUUUUAAAGAGGCCUUAAUUUUUGGAUUGCUUGGAGUACUAAAAUUAAGAAAUGAAAUCAAUGUGUUGAGUAGCGUAACAGGAGCAAGUCAUGAUCAUUCUAGUGGAUAUAUUUAUAAAUAUUAAGAUAAUUGA